AUGUUGAUGCAAAUUCGCAACAAGCUUCCCCAGGAGUACAGGCUUAAGCGCGUCGACGAGAUAGGGCACUACAUCCGAGACAACAAGAAGAAGAACUGGAACCAAGAGGCCGAUGUCCCCCGGUCGCACGUGUGGCUGCACGGCCCUAGGGUCACCACGUCCCGGCUUCGUGCAUACGUGAAGUACAUGGUUCGGGAGCUGAAGCUCGAUGCCGAGUCCAGCAAGGAGGGCGACAACGCCACAGGAACACAGCGUGUGCAAUCUACAACGGUGCACAUGCUCCUCGGGUGCAUAAAGGCAUGCCAGAUGGCUGCGAGAGUGGAGGCGACGAUAUACCGGGAGACGGAGCUGAGCAUCAUGCGUGAGAUAUCGGUGGUCAGGUCGGAGGUGCGGUUCAUGAUCCGCACCAAGAACGAGCGGGACCUCAAGGUGCUGCCGACGUGGGCGGCUAAGGCUUGGAACCCGCGGGAUACGGGCCCGUCGCACACGCUGUGGCAGUUUCUGCUGUUGAAGGUGCUCACGCUACUCUCCCACCAUUCUCUCCUGCGCGGCGCAAGCAUCCGCGAGAUCACGCUCCCCGACAUAUUCUUGUACCGAUUGGCGAGCACCUCGUCGGUGAACCCGGAGAACCAGCCGGUCGUCAUGGUCAUCGCUGCGCGGAACUCAAAGACGUCCAAGGAUGCGCGUCUGCAGCAGAGCUACGCUGCACGGCACCUCGAAGCAGAGUUGUGCGCCGUCGGCGAGACGGGCCUGUGGUUGCACUUCAUCCUCGACCAGUUCGGCCAGUUUCACGGCGUCCGCCUCAUUCCGCCGGUGGACACCAGCAGACGCGCGAGCUGGUACAAGAAGCACCUCUUCUUCGCCAAAAACGACACCGACCAAGGGGAGCUCUCUGCGGCAAGCCACCAACGCUGGACGUGGCAGUUAUGGGACAAAAACGGGGUCUUCUGCAAGAGGAACGUGCACGCCGCUCGAGCCGGAGGGGCCCAGGAGCUGGCCAUCGACGGCACGCCGCGCGCCGAGAUCACGGAGCUGGGUCACUGGGCGCUCGACAAGAUGACGCGAGCGUACAUCACCGCCAUUCCGGUGGGGGUGGUGAUGAAGAAGGCCGGUUGCUCUGGUUACAAGCAGGACUACUUCUUGGGCCGGAGCCGGGUGGAGCCCUCCGAUAAGCUCUUGAAGCUCCUCGCCGAGCACAUCUUCCCCGGCGUCGACGACAUGCUGAAGACGGCGGAAGGGAAGGCUGCCGAGGGGUCCGACGCCGACAAAGCCGCGGUGCACUUCUGGCGCACACUCGCGAUGCUGCGCCGCAUCAUUGCCGAGGACCUAGCGGUGAAGCUGGUCCGCACACCAUGGCACCCGUACGUCCAAGGCUCCGUGCUUUGCCGGAUCCCCCUCUUCCAACACUGGGCGAAACGGGUCGAGAGGGUCGACACCGAGACGAUCAACAAGCGUCGGGAUCCGACCCAAAUUCAGGCAGAGGAAAUCUCUGUCCUCAUGGACACCGAGUUCUACAACAUAUCCCUCAAGGCGAAGCUGACGAAGGAGAUGGAGCGCGCCGCGAACGAGAAGAUUGACUUCUUGGAGGAGCUCGAGAAGCGCGACGACACCAUCACGUCUCUCACCGCCGAGAUAACCCGUCUCACCGAGGCACUCCGUGUGUCAGAAGCACGGAGAGUGCCGGAGGCCCCGCCGUGUGCUACCGCGCAAUCUCCCAGCGAGGGUGGCUCGGCGGAUUCGGCCAACAUGGGAGCCGGCGCCGACGGAGGGGACGACAAACCCCCGCCACCCCCACAGACGGACAAGGAGGCUAGUUAUGAGCUCAACGUGGUACAACCGUGGCGGGAGGCCAAGACCGUGAGGGACGCCUGGCGCCUCUGGAACUCUGCCACCGCUAAUGACACCCGUCGGCUUUGCGACAGGAUCGCCGAGCCGGGGUUCAUCGACCGCCACACCCUCCUCGCAGGCGCGACGCAAGGUGCACUCAACAAGAGGGUGCGCCGCAUGCUGAAGGUCAUGGAUGCGGUGCGCCAGCUACGCGCGAGCGACGGCGAAGCCGACACCGAGGCCGUGGUCGACACACUGUACAGGAUCGCGGCAUCGGGCAUCGGGACCUUCGCCGAUGCCCUCACGGUGCUCAAACCGGGAACGACACCGAUGUUGUCCAAAGAGGCUGGCAUGGGAGUCAAGGGGCUGGGCCCCAAGGUGGUCUCGAAGCUACGCCUCGCCUGUGCGCUUGUGGCGCUCAACCGGAAGCAGAGUGAUUGGGUCGAAACCCUGUUUCCAGACACGUAG